AAACAAAUGGACGAUCGUGGCCGUUGGUUCACAUGACACCAAAGUCUCGGAGAAACCGAAUUAUAAAGUUGCAGACGAACGACGAGCUCUGAUGAGCAGAGAGAAGGUCGGGUAUAGAGAGGCGAUGGAGGAGAACGAUAGAUAAUUCGGAAAUCUAGGGUUUCUUAUUCGUAUCGAUCCGAUUCUAUUUCUAUAAUCACCGUUUCUGGCUUUGGAUCUGGUCGACUCUUUGGUUCGCACAUCGGUUGAUGUGGCCGUGAAAUCUCGCUGAAAUUCUAGGGUUCUUCGUCUUUACCGAUUUGUUCUGGUGGAACGUUCCCUGUCUUGCCAGUAUUCAAUGGACCAUUUGGCCGCGUGAGUUGGGGAUUUCCAGUCUCUUGUCGAGGUCGUGACUUGGCGUGCUCUUGUUUUCCCAAUUUCCAUCGUUUUCUUCCGAGGAACAGGGACAAAUUUUCGUGGGAAUGUUGCAACUUUCUCUGGGCAUUCAAACGAGAGAUUUGUUUCUUAUUGUCAUGGUCAAUUGAGCCAUUCUUUUCAAAUUCUCGGCGUUAUGUUUUAUCCGACGUUCGAUAUAUGAUCUGCUGAAGUGAAAGUGAACCUUUUUUACUCGCUUGUGAUUUUGGAUGUCGUUGGUUACCUGCGAGUGUUCUUGAUGAAUUUGAACUGCGAUUUUAAAUUCUUUGACGAUUGUUUCCUUCGUCCAUUGGUUUCUUCUUUUUUAUUGGUUCGUUUGUGCAAUUGAAAUCCGCGUCAACCGACCUGAUAAUUUGCCAGUACAUUGGUUCCUAUAACAGGCAGCAUCUGUUUCAUCAGAUUAUCUUCUCUGAUUCCAUAUUUGGCCGAUUCAUACGAAGUCUGUGAGUUUCUGUGUUCAUCUCUGGAGAAUGAAGGGAGUGUCGGUACCAAUCCCAAGCUGGCCAUGGUGGUUAUUAGUUGGUCGGAAAGAGAGAGAACCAGUCUCAAAUGGGACAGAUGCUCUGAAGUUCCCUUCAAAGAUAUCUUCAUGCAAGGGAAAAGUCAAGAGAAGAUGGAUCGGGAAAGGUGGGAUGAGAAAGGAAGUGGACCAUGAGACGGUGUCGCUGUCUGACGGCGGGAAGUGUUGGUAUGGUUCAGAAACAGAUGGACCUGAGUGGUCCGUUGGGUGGACAGAGCCACAUGGACCUGAUUUUGAGAGCAACGAUGAAGGGGACAGUGGAUUUCUAGUGCUGGUUCCAUGUUACAGGGCUGUAGUGGAAGAAGGUUCUAGCAACCAGCUCCUGAGUGCUGUCAAGAAUUUUCCCACCGGAAUCUCUCCCGAUGGACAUAACUACAUGGAGCAGUGGCUCUCGGCUCUUCAUAAUCUUUAAACGCUGUUGGAACUUGGCCACGGUCGUUUGCGUUUGUAAAAAAAAAACAUUGCUUGUAGCAGUGUCCUCUAAUAUGAUUUGAAAGCAACAUUUAGUGAUAUUUGACCCAGAAAACAGAAAAAAAAAAAAGGGUUCAUAUAAGAUGAUGAUGAUGAUGAUGGAUUUAUUGGAGAUCACAUGGUGGGUGUGAAGGAGAUUUGAUGGAGAGAUUGUUUCUACGUUUUACCAUUGUAAGUUAUCACUGGUGCUGUGAAUAUGCGACGUAUUGCA